AUGCAGUAUCUCAAAUUCACAACGUUGCUACUAUUACCACCACCCUUGAAUCUCUCUCACCGUUCUCUCAACCACACGAAACGCUUCUCCUCUUCAUCUUCUUCAACUGUUUCCCCAUGGUCCGGUCUCCAUUCAUGGAGGAACAGUCCUCUCAACGAGAAUCGCAACUGGGGUCCACAUGGUCCUCACCCCGCACCACAACCCGACCUCAACAACUCCCCUUUCGGUGAAGCUUCUUCAUUGGCUGAGUUUGGUUCCAUUGUUCUUUCUACCACCGACCCUCUCACCAAGUCCCAUCUCUCCCACGUCGCUUACUCCCUCUGGCGCCGCCAUAAUCUUCCUCUUGGCCUCUCUGAUCCUCCAUCUCGACCUGCCCGACCCGAGAAACCGUUACUGGUUUCUCCUAGGGAAAUUCCCGCUCCUAAGAAUUCGGGUUUGCCUCUGAAUGCUUAUUUGCUUCAUAAUCUAGCACAUGUGGAGCUCAAUGCAAUUGAUUUGGCUUGGGAUACUGUUGUUCGAUUUUCUCCCUAUAGUGGUCUUCUCGGGGAGGGGUUCUUUGCGGAUUUUGCUCAUGUUGCUGAUGAUGAGAGUCGCCACUUCUCUUGGUGUUCACAGAGGCUUGCUGAACUGGGUUUCAAAUAUGGAGAUAUGCCAGCUCACAAUUUGCUAUGGAGGGAAUGUGAGAAAUCAUCGGACAGUGUUGCUGCACGUUUGGCAGUGAUCCCACUAGUCCAGGAGGCUAGAGGACUUGAUGCUGGACCACGUUUGGUGCAAAAAUUAGUUGGCUUUGGAGAUAAUAGGACAUCUAAAAUUGUGGCUAGAAUUGCUGAAGAGGAAGUUGCACAUGUAGCAGUGGGGCUUUGCUGGUUUCUUUCUGUCUGCCAAAAAAUGGGCCACACCCCAGACUCCACUUUUAAAGAUUUGCUCAAGGAAUACAACGUGGAACUAAAAGGUCCUUUCAAUUAUGCGGCUCGAGAGGAAGCUGGCAUUCCCCGUGAUUGGUAUGAUGCUCCAUCAACAAGCAAUCCAGAAAAGAAAGACAAAGAGGACGAUAAAAAACACCUCUCUGAAGUUUAUGAGAGGGUAGCUUCCAUCAUUGCUAUGGAAAGAGAGAAUUUAAGUUUGACAAGGCCACCUGAAUGA